CGUAUCUUGUUCCAAUUUAAUUAUUAUAUCUCUAGAUCACUUGGUAUUCUUGGCUUGAUGAAAAAAGAAAAUGAUUCCGUGGCAACAGAAUUUAUUCUUCUAGGCCUAUCAUCCUCCUGGGGACUUCAGCUAUUUCUCUUCUUAAUAUUUUUGUUGUUUUACAUGGCUACUGUCUUUGGAAACCUAUUGAUAGUGGUAACUGUGCAAGCUGAUGCUCAACUGCUCCAGUCUCCUAUGUACUAUUUUUUGGGCCAUCUUUCCUUCAUUGACCUAUGCCUGAGUUGUGUGACUGUGCCGAAGAUGUUGGGGGAUUUCCUACAGCAGGGCAAGACCAUCUCUUUUUCAGGAUGCCUGGCCCAGAUCUACUUCCUUCACUUCCUGGGAGCCAGUGAGAUGUUUUUGCUGACAGUCAUGGCCUAUGACAGGUAUGUUGCCAUAUGUAAUCCUUUGUACUACCUGACUGUAAUGAACCGCCAGCUCUGUUUUCAGUUGGUUUUUGCAUGCUGGUGUGGGGGUUUCAUCCAUUCUAUCACACAGAUCAUACUGGUCAUCCAGCUGCCUUUCUGUGGCCACAAUGAACUGGACAACUUCUAUUGUGAUGUCCCCCAGGUCAUCAAGCUGGCCUGCAUGGACACCUUUGUGGUAGAGGUGCUUAUGGUCUCCAACAGUGGUCUGCUGUCUCUCGUCUGCUUUUUGGUCUUGCUCUUCUCUUAUGCUGUUAUCCUGAUCCACCUGAGGACUCACUUCCGUGAGGGCCGGAGCAAGGCUCUCUCCACCUGUGCCUCCCACCUAACAGUGGUCAGCUUGAUCUUCAUGCCAUGUGUCUUCAUCUACUUGAGGCCUUUCUGUAGCUUUUCUGUGGAUAAGGUAUUCUCUGUAUUUUACACAGUGAUCACACCUAUGUUGAACCCCCUCAUUUACACACUCAGAAAUGCUGAUAUGAAGACAUCUAUGAAGAAGCUGAGAAAAAAGUAUGUGGCACCCCAUUGCCUUGUGAAAGGAUGAGAAGGAAGAGAAAACUUAGAAAAUAUACUCUUUCUUGGUUCAUUCUUUUUGUUUUUAAAGAUUUAUUUAUUUAUUUGAAAGUCAGAGUUACACAGAGAGAAGGAGAGGCAGAGACAGAGAAAGAGAAGUCUUCUAUCCCACUGGUUCACUCCCCAAUUGGCUGCAAUGGCCGGAGUUGUGCCUACCUGAAGCCGGGAGCCAGGAGCUUCUUCAGGGUCUCCAGCAUGGGUGCAGGGGCCCAAGGACUUGGGCCAUCUUGUACUGCUUUCCCAGGCCGUAGUAGAGGGCUGGAUUGGAAGUGGAGCAGCUGGGUCUUGAACCGGUGUCCAUAUGGGAUACUGGCACUGCAGGCAGUGGCUUUACCCGCUACGCCACAGCGCUGGCCCCUCUUGGUUCACUCUUAACUCUUCCUACACAUGAGUAUAUGGAUGAAAAUCAUUUGGAUGAUUUUGGUGCAAAAGAGAAGACUGCAUAAAAGUUGUAUCACUCUUGAUUAUAGCUGCAAGGCAGACAGGUGGCUCUUGGGUGUUGAGUUUUGAGCAGGGAACUCAAGGGAACUCAUGGCCCACAACUGAUAACAGGAAUACACUGAGAACUAAAGGUAGAGGACACUUUGAGAAAUUAGCUCGUCUGACUUUGCAAGUAGUCUUGCUUUAUUUCAGUUCGUUUCAUUUUAAACAGAAGAUGCUACAUAUCCUUCUGUGCC